CGCUAUUUGAUUAUACCGGGUAAUAAACCCUCUGCAUGACUACCGUUAGUUUCAGAGACGCUGUUGGUGAGACGACUCGCAUUUCCACACCUUUGCAGGGCCGCCACACGGACGGAUAGCAAUUUUCUCCGUCUACCUCAUAUUGUACUUCACACAAAAAAUGGCCGCUGAACUCACAGAAGAGCAAAUCGCCGAAUUCAAGGAGGCUUUCUCCCUAUUUGACAAGGACGGUGAUGGCACCAUCACUACUAAGGAGUUAGGCACAGUGAUGAGGUCACUGGGUCAAAACCCAACUGAGGCGGAGCUUCAAGAUAUGAUCAAUGAAGUUGAUGCUGAUGGCAAUGGCAAUAUCGACUUUCCCGAAUUCUUAACGAUGAUGGCUAAGAAGAUGAAAGACACAGAUAGCGAAGAAGAGAUCAGAGAAGCGUUCAGAGUGUUCGACAAGGAUGGUAACGGAUUCAUCAGCGCUGCCGAGCUACGCCAUGUGAUGACGAAUCUUGGUGAGAAGUUGACGGACGAAGAGGUGGAUGAGAUGAUCAGGGAAGCAGACGUCGAUGGUGACGGUCAAGUCAACUAUGAAGAAUUCGUCUCCAUGAUGACCAAGGAGUAAGAUAUUAUCGCUAUAAGGAUUUUCUGUGAAGACUAUGAAGAACAAAUUUUCAUCACCUUGAAAUCAUAUUAUUUGAGCUGCUCUAAAUAGUAACGUUAUGGGAGUUGCAUGGGGUGCUCCUUUUUUUACACCUUGACUUAAGCGAUUCCUGCCCUGAUUUCGACACGCAUAGUAUUUUGGAUCUGUUUGACAGAUGUCCGUGGAAAUGUGUAGCGUGAAAGUGUGAAAGAAAGGAUAAAAUGCAAAACGAACAUUAAGACAGUCGGAAAAUAAUAUAUCAUGAUCAUUUCACGGCCUCUCUGAAAACCCGAAUUUGGCUGAUUGAGGGCUUUUUAGCGUGUUUAAAUAGAACAAA